AUGCAUAAACCAUUUGAUAUUUCAACUUUUAAAUAUAGAAAAGAAAGUACCAACAAACAGGCCAACUCUAUUAAAACAAAUACAAAUGAUAUAUUUACUCCAUUUGGGGUCUUGAGAUCAUUUAGUAGCCGUAAAGAUGAUUAUGAUUUAACAUUUAAAAAAUCAUGGAAUUUGUUUUUCAAGAAAUUUCUUAACAAUAUUAGACUUGAAAUGAGCAAUGGAAUGUCAAAGAUACUCGAAAAUAUUAGCUCUCUCGUAGAUGAUGGUAUAAAUUACGAGCUACAUGUUAUAGGAGCGUUAUCGGGGUCAAAUAAUUGCGACCACGUUAUUACAUUCAAUGUUUUGCAAGAAUUUCUUAAUUGUUCAGGCCAGCCAUAUACAAUAUUGUUAGACCACGAGAAAAUAGGUGUUGAAGGAUUGAGUAUAUCAAAAUUAUUGGAGACAAUCUGGUAUAUAAUUAAAAGUACAUUUUUAGAUUUGCUUAUUGAAGAAAUUAAGAUUAUAGAUUCAUGUAAAGAAUAUGAUUACGAGAACGGUUCGUUAAUUUUGAAUUCAAUGAAUCUAAAAGAUUCAAAGGCAGACUGUGAAGAAAAAUUAGUUAAUAGAGUUAAAAGGAAUAAAAGAAAAUGUAAAACUGAAAACUCAGUAGUAAAAGAAAUUCAGUUAGAUCUACAGAAUAGAAUAAUAAAUUUUCAAUUUACUCAAACUGACAAUAUAUACAAGCUGCCAUCUAUUCAAUCAAUUCAAAUGAAUUCUAAAGCUUCAAGAUUCUCUUUAUCAAAUAACAAUCAUAGUCAAAAAUACUUAAAUAUUAAUAAAGGCCUUAAAGUGGUUGGUUCAAUUUUUAGAAUAAAGAAAAAAAACAAUUUGAAUAUUAAACCCAUAAUUAUAUUGAUUCCAAGUAGUGAAUGUUUUUCACCAGGCCAACUUGGGCAGCUGCUUGAAAUGCUAUCUCAAAUUAAAGAAACUUAUAAAAUUCCAUUUAAAAUUGUUCUUGGUAUUUCAACAAGUACAUUAUACGUUCAACGUAUUAUUGGUCAAACCGUUUUUAAUAGACUGAAAUUUGUUUCCGUAAAGCUACUGGACUCAAAAAAAGUUUUUUUUCAAUCAAUAAUUAACUCACUAUUAUAUUUAGAUGAUUUUGAUUCAAAUAUUUUACUUAAAGGAAAUUCUGUGAAAUCACAAGAAUCAAAUUCAGAAAAUUUGGUUGAAUUAAACUACUUUUAUUCUAGUUCGAUAACUAAUUCCGAAACAGAGUUAUUCUCUUUUCCACUAAUAUCUACUGCAUGCAUAAAACACAUAAAAGAUAAUUUCUUUCAGUAUGAUUACAGCCUGACUUCUUCUUUAAAGACAGUUUUCAUUGUAUUUCAAUUUUACUUCACGAAUAACAAGUAUGAUUUCUUUUUUCAUCAAUUUAAGGAAAUAAAAAUGGAAGGCUUUGAUGAAGAUAUAAUAGAUAAAUUGAAACUCAAAUAUCAAAUUAAUAAAAGCAAGCUGCUGCCAGAGAUUGAUAACGAUUUAAAAGAAGCAACGAUAACUGAAUUAUCUCAACUUCAAUUGAAUUUAAAACUAGUCGCUCUAGGAAUAUCUAUUCUAAACAUCAUUUUUUACGAUGCUUUAAAUAUUUUUGAUAUUAACGAAAGAUACAACUUAAUUAUUGAAUGGUUGGAGAUUAUAGAAAAAAAUAGAAUUGAGGAAUUAAUUAAAAAAAUAAAUAGUUUAACAUGUGAUAUAAAAAGUAUUGAAAAUUCCACUUUAAAUAAAAACUCAGUUUUCUCAAAAAUAAACAAAAUUACUGAGUUAUUUUUAACAAAAAACAAAUCCUUGUUCGAAAAAAAAAAUCAAAUCCUUGGUAAUAAAGUUCUAUGGGAUAUCAAAACUUUUGAGUUCAAUAUUUCAAAACUCUUCAUUCCUUCAUUUGAUAGAUCAAAAUUUUCCGGGUACAUAACUGACAAUGUUUUUCAUUCAUUAAUUUAUGUAAAUUUUAACGUUUCUUUUGAACAUUUGGAUUAUUUUUUAGAUGAAAUGCUAACACCCAAUUUUAUUACAAAUAUAAUUGACGAUUUCAAUCAAACAGAUGACAAUGAAAAUAUUUCAGAUGACUUUUCGAUCAUUUAUAAAAUUUACAGUGCAAAUAAAGGAAAUAAAAUAAACUUGUUUAAAUUUUUUGCUACAUUUUGUAAUAAAAUAAAUGGUGAUUUGAAUAAAUGUUACAACAUUUCGGUUUCUAAAAAUCAACUUGAAAAAAUAAAUAAUGAACAAACAAGAAUAAAUUGCCUACCUGACCAAUAUAAGAAUUUAUUUAUUAGAUUCGUGCGAGUAAUAAAUACAUUUCAAAUUAUUGGGUUACUUUAUUUGCCAUUAAAAAACACAAAAGUUGAACAGGAUAUUUUUCGAACCAAUUCUGAUAAUAAUAAAGACCCCGAAAAAAAAUAUCAAUGUUUAAAUAAACACUUAGAUCAGUACUUCAAAUUUGCUCUUAGUAAUAUAUAUGCCCAUAAAUUAUAUUGGGGAAAUGAUAUGGCAAUAUCUGACAUAAGAACAAUUGAUAAGAGAAAUAAGCCCGAAACUCACUUAUUCGAUAAUGAAGAAUUCAAACUCUUGGAUUUUGCCAUAGACACAAAUAAGAUCAAUUCUAACAUUAAAUAUAAAAGAAAAUCCAUUUGCUCGAAUUUUAUUGAUGAACCGAGCAAAAAUAUAAACAUUAAGAAAAGCAAAUUGGAAGUCCUCAAAUUACGUGCUGCGGAGUCAAAUCAAAAAAAAAUAAUUGAAUUUAAAGGAAUUAAAAUGCAAAAAGCAAUAAAUUCUGCAAAUAAAAUAAAAAAUCUGAGAAAUUCAGCGAAUGAAAAACAAAUGACUAAUUAG